GUUGUGGUUGCUUUCCAAAUAUUGAGGCCUAGUACAAAUGCCGCUUAUUUCUAUUACACACUACGGCUUACCACUAGGGUGUUCAAACCCAGCGGCUUAUGCAAGACCAUGUAGAUCUUGGCCAAAUUCGACAUUGAAACGCAGUUCACGGAUUCAAUGAACAUCGGUUCUCCGUUCAUGACUGCGAGGAUCACUUACUAGAACAUCCACAAAAACGUUUUACUGCUAGUCCCUCUUUCUACAUAGACUCUUCCGACUUGAUAUUGGUUGUAACAUGUCGGAACGCGUUAUCUCCCUGCCUAAUUCCCUAGUCCUUCUCAUUCAUCUCCAUCUAUUGAAUUUCCCCGCCCAGCCAGGUAACGUUGGGUACGAUGAACAUAUUUUCAAUGCGAGCAAACGAGGUAUCCGUGAUCGCAGCAAAAGCAUGGAAGAUAUUUGUUAUUUCUUGGUAGGCAAGAUAGAAGGACAGUCUUCGAACCUGAAGAAGAUAUUUCCAACGUAUCCAUGCACACAGCCAUCGGAUACUGUGGCCUUUCGGACAACACUCACAAAGUACAUGGAGACGCUGAAAUCCGACGCUCUGCGAUCACCUGUAGCGGAUCCCACGUCCAAUGCCAAUGCAUCAUCGAAAGCCGCAUGGUGGUGGAAAGAAGUUAUUAUUCGGAAGUCUACCCUUGAGGAGUGCGGCGGAGAGAGGUUUGAAAAGCUUAUGUUGGCUCUUUCUACUCAAGCAUUGCUCAAAUGCACGCCCAAUGAAUUCUUGGGUUCAGCUUUGUCAGAACUCACCGUUACUAGUCACGAAGCCAUACUAGGCCAAAUCGAUGCAUAUUCAAAAGCUUUAGCCGCUUUCAAAGACUCACGAAGAGUUUGGGAACACUCAGCUAAUGACCUUACCUGCCGUCAGGAUGCGCUCACCGCCCUUCGGUCAAUGUUAAAUAACCCUGAAGAGGGGUCCGGCUCAAAAUAUAUAAACAUCCCCACCGAUAAACUUCUGGCCGUUCAAGAUUCAAGAGUCCGAGACAUUCGGGAAGCGCACUGGAUGGAAGGCGUAAAUGCGAACGCCCUAGACCUUGUUUUGAGCAUUCUAGGAUUACCCUUGAAGAAUCAGGUGUCCUCACGAAAUAACAUAAGUGCUGAAUCAUCCGAUACAGAGCAUCUCAAUUCUGCGGCCGUGGACCCAAAGUCAAUUGUAACUCCAUCACCGCCUCUGCCUAUUGCAGCUGCUCACCAUCCAACGCAUCUGAAAGGUCUACGUCAACCAGUCCUCCCAAACUCUCUUCAAAGGUCCUCCGAAACUGCAGACUCAGAUGCUCUUUCUCAUGACAACACCUUGCCUCUGAUUGCGGAACGUCUCAAGAAUGAAGCACAGAAGCAACAAGCCUUACGAGAAGCUCUGACUAAUGCACAGAGACAAGCAGCAGAGCUAGAGGCCAAGCUACAGGCUUCGAAACCGGUAGAUUCUCAUGUUACUAGGUUUCGUCUGGAUCUUUCCACCCCGUCGAAUACUAAUGUUCAGGUUGUGUUCAAAUCCUUUGUUUCGGGUAACUCGACCACGCUUGACCACCAAUCGAAGCUGGAAGCUCGCAUCGUUGAUACUCGUGACAAUCUCCCAGCUUGGCCUUCGACUCCAGAUCUAUAUUCCGAGCCUUCUCCAUCUCCACCUCCGUCUCCGAAGCUCGCUACCCGUUUACCGCAAGCCACUAAUGUUCGCAAGCCAGCCAUCACCAUUACGCGGGCUGACUCUCAAUGCACGAUGGCAAUCGCGGGUUCCAAAAUACCGCAUCUGCCAUCGCGACCAAUGUCUAGCUCACAUAUUGCAGACCCUUCCGAUGCGAAUCAAAGAAAGUCACUGAAGAAGGCCGGACGCAAAUCUAAUGCUCUCAUGCGAGGUAGAGCCAGACGCUCGUCUGCGUUCGUAAGACGAAAGACGGGCACUUACAUUGAUGAAGAUUUCGAAAGGUUCGCAAACGAGGCCAUGAAUGAUUCAACCUCGUCUGCCGAGACAGAUCUUUGUGGGACCCCUCGACCAAAGAUUACCAAGGGGACGCCUCUAACGCCUCUAUCUAAUACGAAGAUGUCCGUUCCAAGGCCCUCAUUUGACAUGGAAAGCCAUGAGCGAGCGAUGACCGUGCCAUUGCCUCGCCUUAGCCUGGAUAGUCAUGAUGAGGCGUUGGUAGCCGAGGACGAGGAAGAGGUGUAUGAGGGUAAUAGUAUGACCUUGAAGGAGAUAUUAUUGAAGGCUGACGUCACGCAGUUCGACCUCCUGAGGGAGGACGAUUUGGAAGAUGAAACGUUUGAGUGGUAGAUUUGUAACGCACAUUGAAGUGAAAUGUAAAUAUCUUCACCCACCUUCUUUGACACAACAGGCUUUUGGUGGUAGACGUUAUGUUCCCAUCCAGCUGUUCUUGCCAAGGCAAUGUUCUAUCUGCCGAAACAUCAAUAACAGUUCGGUGGUUGC